AUCUUCGCCUCAUGAUGCAUGCACACUUGUGUGGUAUAAAUUGAGGCACCUACCUCUCCUAUACAAUAAAAUUCCAAUUUCUAAUUGGAACAAAUUAGACCGACCCUUUGUGAAUGGCAACCACUAGACUGGUGUUGCAAAAAACCUCUAGGCCAUUUCAACUUCCUCUUACUCCUUCUUCUUCUUUGUUCACGAAAUGUGUAAGGUACCAAAGUAAGGCCAAAUUGAAUGGAGAUCGUGUCAUAGUUUCUGGGAAAGGAGAAAGAAAGCCAGUGGGGCCAAUACAAGCAUCGGUAGCUACCAUUAACCACAUAACCACAUCAGAACCAGUGGUGAUUGGUAAAUGGUUAAUAGGUUUGGCCGCGUUUAUUGCAAGGGUUCGCAAUGCUAUGCUGGUUCUUCUGCGGCGGUCUGUUGUCAUAAGGGUCAAGAAGUGGAAUUUACAACCCCAGAUGCUCAUCGAAACGGCAAUUAUCGAUUGUAGAUUUUUCACAUUGUUUGCCGUAUUAGGAACUUUACUUGGCUCGGUGUUGUGUUUUCUUGAGGGUUGUCUUCUUGUUAUUGAGUCAUACGCGCAAUAUUUCCAGAUGUUGUCUAAGAGAUUGGUGGAUCAAGGACAUCUUGUGCAUCUACUCAUCGAAGCCAUAGAUAUGUUCCUAUUAGGAACAGCCUUGCUUGUUUUUGGGGUUGGUUUGUACGUCAUGUUUGUGGGAUCAAGGACUACUAAUAAAGAAAAAGAACCAUGGCAUUGUGAAUCAAACUUGCUGGGUCUCUUCCAUAUGCAGUCACCCCCUAGGUGGGUAGGGAUGCAUUCAAUUGAGCAGGCAAAGUCAAAGAUUGGGCAUGCUGUGAUGAUGAUUCUUCAGGUGGGACUAUUAGAGAAGUUCAAGGACAUUCCCUUAGUCACAAGCCUUGAUCUUGCUUGUUUCGCUUCAGCUGUGCUCACAUCCUCAGCUUGCAUUUUUGUCCUCUCUAAGCUUCAACAAUAUUGAUAAAUCAUCAAAAUUAGCUAGGAAUAAUGCCUCAGAUUCGUUUUGUUGACUACAUCGAUCUAUAGAAUAUUCUUUUUAUUUUGUAAGGCAAAAGAAAAAAUAUUUCCUUUGCCUGGGAGCUCAAUUCAUUUAUUAAAUAUGUAAAUUUUGAAUUACUUUUCUUUGAGAAUAUACAGGGAAUAAUUCAUUUUCUGAA